ACCCUGUGUUUCCUAGAAGAAAAGCAGUUACAGUGUCCACUAGUGUGAAUGAGACACUGAUAUGCUCUUUCUCACAUGGACAUUGUAUUACAUAAUGUUUCCUGGUACGUUGGCUGGAAAGUUCCCAGAAUUAAACGUCACUCUACUAGCAAUUGGGAAUUUGACUAUUUAGGUAUUGUGUGUUUUUGGUUUUAGAGUGUUUUUUCGAUAUUGUCAUUUUGAACCGUAAACUUAUUUGAGAUACUAUCAGUGGAAAAGAGAGAAAAACAUUUUAUAUAUUUAUAUAUCGUUUGUGACCAUUUUUUAAUACGCUUUUUACAAGUGAACUGGUGUUGAGUUGAAGUGACUCAUAUUUAUAUUUUACAAGAUUUUUUAAAUAAUGGCUGCGAGAGAAGAAACAGAUAGACUUUGGGAAAAAAUGAAGGAGCUUGCUGUUGAACAGCAACAAUGCUUUUAUGAAUUUCUUCCUGAUUGCACAAUGUAUGAAUCUAAGGAGCACAAGUACCUGAAACAGAAUAUUGGCUUUGCUAUAUAUGGACCACCAACAGACAAGAAAGAAACCAACACGAAUACAACAACAAGUAACAGUUGCCAUUGGAAAUCAGAAACACCAGAUGCAAAUGCAGAUGUAGAUGUAGCUGAUUUAAUUGAGUAUGAUAAAGAAGCUACAGAAGUUAUAAGUGAUAUAUAUAACAAAAUGUGUGAAUCUGAUCCUUCUAAGCCAAUUUACUAUGGCAUAAUUUAUAAUAUAAUAUUCCGUCCUAAGAAAGAAAGUCCUAUGAAAGAAAAGUCUAAGAAAAAAGAAGUAAAAGAGGAAGAGAUGAUCUCAAUAUCACCCAAUCCCAUUUUUACAUUCAGAAAAAGUAUUCCAAAAAAACCCAAUAAAAAAGGAACAACAUAUGAAGUUACAUCAUAUGAGACGUGGUAUAUUGACACCAGUGGUAGAGUGUACAAGAGUUGGACAGAUUACUUAGAAAAUAAUACUCUACCAAAGUGCACUAUGAUUUUUCCAAAAGAUGGUAUUUAUCAACCAGAUCCAAACUAUCCAAUUACGGAGGAUUAUUCAACAGUCUGGUUCGACAUUGCGGAUUCUCCUGCAUGCACAUUGAAAACCGCAAUUUGCAAUGGGAUUGAUACUGCUUCCAGUAUUGUUGGAUUAAGCUCUCUUGGCUUGUGCGUUGUGUCAGCAUUCACACCUCUUGGACCAAUUCUUGCUGCAACUAGUCUUGCUGCUACUGGUGCAUCGAGUAUCUGGACAAUUGGUCGAUGUUCUCAUCGAUUGGUGGAUCGCAAAACUCAUGAGGAAUCUAUUCAUAUCUCAGAUAAAGAAGCGUUUAGCCAGUGGCUUGGCAUAGUCGGUACAGGUUUUGGUUUGGGAGCGGCUGGAGGAACAGCAGCUAUUUCUGCAGCUGCUGCACGCAAUGUGACAAUAAACAAGUUUGCGAUCAAGAUGUUUAACGUUGUUCAGAGUGGCAGCAUAGUUGUCAACGGCAUCGGUGUCGUUUAUCAGGGAUACUGCGUAAUAGACAAGUAUAGAAAAGGAGAAAGCUGUAAAGCAGACACGUUAAAUUUUCUACUUCAUGUUAUGUUUUUCGCUGGGUCUGUAGUAAAAGUUCAAUUCGCGAACGAUAUCAUUGAGAGUACUCAAGGUAAAGUCAUUAGCGAUUAUAAGGACUCUCUUACUGAAAAACGUUUUCUUAAAAAGUUUAGAGCCGCCGCGCGAAAAGCUGCAGCAAAAAGCACAUCUAAAAUAUCUGAGAAUGUAGAAAUACUAAAGUAUAUAAAGAACCGUCAGCAGUUACAGACUGCUGAGUUCCAGGCUGUUUCUGGAAAUAACAAAACGAAUAGUAGUUUACGUAAAAUUGUGUGGUCGUUUGAUCAAGGUAAAUUGAAAGUCAAUGGUAUUGUCUUAUUAGAUCCUGUACAGUUUGUGAUUCGUCUUAUAAAAUCAGAUGAAUUAUAUUUUGAAGUGGAUAGGAGCAAUUCGUCCAACUCACAGUAUGAUGAUUUAGUUUUUAAAAAAUUGAUAAACUUAGUUUGUGAUUUGUUUGUUGAACAUUAUAAAAAAACAGGAAGUUGUUCCAGAAAUAUGCCUGAUUUUGAACCAUUGAUUAAAGAGAUGAGUUCUAUGAGAAUAGAUGAAGAGUAUUUCCAAAAAUUGUUUUCAAUCGCUGUAAAGUUAAUUCGACGUUCUAACAGUAAGGAAGAGUUUUUAUUCAACGCUCUCUUAUUUACAUGGCAAUAUUGUCAAGCAAAUUUAAAACAAUGGGGCAUAUACUCACUCUCACGCAAGGUAAGUGAUUCCGGAUCUAAGAUUUUACAAAAGAUUAUUGUUGUAGUUUUUCUAGCAAUUGAUGAGAUGCUUGAUAAUUUGUCCGAAGCCUUUGCGAUGUAUUUAAAAGCUGAACUAAAACAAGUUAAAUGGUAAAAACAAAAGUUUAAAGAUAAAAACAAAAAUUAAAACAUCUAGAAA